CUGGUGGACGCUCAGGGACAAGGGCCUUUCUGCCGGCUUAAUCGCCACGAGAGAUGCAGCGAGUCACACAACAGCCAAGUGUGUCUACCGUGUGGACCCCGAAGACCUAUGUGAGUUGUAGCGCUCUCAGGCUGCUGUAUUUUAUUGCCGUAUAAUUUUCUUGCUGGCUUGAAAGGCUGCUUGGCCGAAAUGCAGUCGUUUCAAUGAGAAUUUCUAGAGUGGAAAGUUGUCUGCUGAUCUUUGCUGAAGACUUUUUCUUUCUUUGAUUAACGAAGCCACAUGAUACAAGCUGACAUUCCUGCCGGCAGCCGUGGCGAUUCAGCCUAAGACCGACGGAGAACUAUAUCCCAAAGUACAUCCAAUUACUAUGGAAUUAACCCUGGAUGUAUUUUUAAUUGACUGCCAGGGUAGAGUGUCUACAGCCCCACUGUUUUGGAUUGCUUGCUGUUUUAAUGCUGCUGUGGCUCAACGAGUAAUGAUCAGCAAAACCAACUGAAUGAGACAGAGCUAAGAGAGAUUCCCGGGGGUUACAAAACUUUUCUUUUUUGGCCAGGAUCACAUUUUUCUCCCUGACUGCUAAAAAAACUCAGCAACCUCUAUGUUAAAAGUUCAUUCUGCUUUUUUGCCCUUGCUUUGGAGAAAAAAAUGAAAUCAGACAAAGGAUUCUACUGAAAUUGUGAAGGAAGGAAGUAUAAGGAAGCCACCGCAGUUCUUUAACUACGAUUGUAAUAAUGGGAGGAAAAGAGCCAACCAAAGGAGCCCAGCACGUACGCCAGCCUCAGUGUGACAGAGCAUGGGGACAUAAAGCUGAAUGGUGAGCAGAGCCUGUAACUCAGUUUUUCGGCACUUCAUCUGCUACAAGUUCCAGCUUAGAGAUGGAUAUUCUCUGUGACGAAAACACUUCUUUGAGCUCAACUACAAACUUCUUAAUGCAAUUAAAUGAUGACACAAGGCUCUACAACAAUGACUUUAACUCCGGAGAAGCUAACACUUCAGAUGCGUUUAACUGGACAGUGGACUCAGAAAAUCGAACCAACCUUUCCUGUGAGGGCUGCCUGUCACCACCCUGCUUCUCCUUACUUCAUCUCCAGGAAAAGAACUGGUCUGCUUUGUUGACAACUGUAGUGAUUAUUCUAACCAUUGCUGGAAACAUACUUGUCAUCAUGGCAGUGUCCCUAGAGAAAAAGCUGCAGAAUGCCACCAACUAUUUCCUGAUGUCACUUGCCAUAGCUGAUAUGCUGCUGGGUUUCCUUGUCAUGCCCGUGUCCACAUUAACCAUCCUUUAUGGGUACCAGUGGCCUCUGCCUAGCAAGCUCUGUGCCGUAUGGAUUUACCUGGAUGUGCUCUUCUCCACGGCCUCCAUCAUGCACCUCUGUGCCAUCUCCCUGGAUCGCUAUGUUGCCAUCCAGAAUCCCAUCCAUCACAGCCGAUUCAACUCCAGAACUAAAGCAUUUCUGAAAAUAAUUGCUGUUUGGACUAUAUCAGUAGGUAUAUCCAUGCCAAUACCAGUCUUUGGGCUCCAGGAUGAUUCGAAGGUCUUUAAGGAAGGAAGUUGCUUACUCGCCGAUGAUAACUUCGUCCUGAUUGGUUCUUUCGUGUCCUUUUUCAUUCCCUUAACCAUCAUGGUGAUCACCUACUUUCUAACCAUCAAGUCGCUCCAGAAAGAAGCUACUCUGUGUGUGAGUGAUCUUGGAACACGGGCCAAAUUAGCUUCUUUCAGCUUCCUGCCUCAGAGCUCCCUGUCUUCAGAAAAGCUCUUCCAGCGGUCGAUCCACAGGGAGCCAGGCUCCUACGGCAGGAGGACUAUGCAGUCCAUCAGCAACGAGCAGAAAGCUUGCAAGGUGCUGGGCAUCGUCUUCUUCCUGUUUGUGGUGAUGUGGUGCCCCUUCUUCAUCACCAACAUAAUGGCCGUCAUCUGCAAAGAGUCCUGCAACGAGGAUGUCAUCGGAGCCCUGCUCAAUGUGUUCGUUUGGAUCGGUUACCUCUCCUCAGCAGUCAACCCGCUAGUGUACACACUGUUCAAUAAGACCUAUAGGUCGGCCUUUUCCAGGUAUAUUCAGUGUCAGUACAAGGAAAAUAAAAAACCAUUGCAGUUAAUUUUAGUGAACACUAUCCCAGCCUUGGCCUACAAGUCUAGUCAACUCCAAAUGGGACAAAGAAAGAAUUCAAAGGAAGAUGACAAGACGACAGAUAACGACUGCACUAUGGUUGCUCUAGGAAAACAACAUUCAGAAGAUGCUCCUACAGAUAAUAUCAACACAGUGAAUGAAAAGGUUAGCUGUGUGUGAUGGACUGGUUGCCAUGGCAACU